AUGUCCGAGGACGACCUCCCCUACCACGUGCGCGUCACCGCCCACGGCGACCUCGAGACCGUCGGGCGCUACGACUUCGGCGGGCAGCUCGACACCGCCAUGAUCGCGCACCCCAAGCUGGACCCGGCCACCGGAGAGCUCUUCGCGCUCAGCUACAAUGUCGUGUCCAAGACGUUCCUCAAGUACUUCUACAUCACGGCCGACGGCUGCAAGUCCCCCGACGUCGAGAUCCCCGUCACCGAGAACCACGCCAUCAUCCCGGACCAGCAGAUCGUGUUCAAGCUCCAGGAGAUGGUGCUGGGCGGCUGGCUCCCCCGGGGUGUACGACAGGAACGUCUUGGAGUGCUGCCGAAGCGCGCCACCGACGUCCUGCAGUGUGUUGUCAGAGCGCGCUUCCAGUUGUGA